GGCUCAUUGCGCAUAUCUCAUGAGAAAAAGUGAGGGAACACACAGGGACAUCAACGGGGUGACGCCAGGUCGGGAUUUGGCCUCAGCCUGCCAUGGCUCGACUCCGGCGCUUCGGCUUGGUGCAACUGGCGGCCUUGGUCUUCGUGGCACCCCAUUGCUUCACAGCACCCAAAGCAGUGCUGAGCUCUCGGAGAGAUGCUCGCGCUCGCCGCUUGCGGGCCUUGCCGGACUUCGACUUGAACAGCAUCGUUGAUAGAACGGAGAUGCAGCUCUGCAAUACUACGUUGAAACUGACCAGCUCUGUCUUCGGGUUUCCGGACUACGACAGUCUGCUGACCCUCAACAACAACGGCACAGCGCGCUUCUAUGCAGGCAUGGUGAGCAAAGAGAUGGGCGCUUGGUCGGUGGUCGAGGGUGAUCCAGAAGAAGGUGAGGAUCCUAGCGACCUGUACUUAGAGUGGACCCAGCCCCUCACCGACACCUACAAGGAGUCCUUCACUGUGCCGGGAGGCACCGCCUUCUGGCGCGGGAAGCUGAACUUUCGGACCACCAAGUCCAAGAAGCAGAAGGUGUUCGUGGAGGGUGGCAUCGUGGUGUCCGAACGGGACGAGGGGAAGAAGCUGGUGCGUGAAGGCAUCUUCUCAGCUCAGUCGGCCAGCGCGAAGAUGAUCGAGGAGACCAUCCAGAAGGCGCGGGAGGCCUUCGAGCGUGCGCUGACCACGCCCAAGGCGGAGACCAGUGGCUUCAAGACCCCCGCCAGGAUCGCGGGUGCGGGUGGCACUCGGGUGAAGAAGGCCUUGCCGGGCACCAAGCUCGGCGGCCAGCUGGACAAGGGAGACCUGGACCUCCUGGAGGACGGCAAGGGGAAGACCUAAGCUCAGCCAUGCGGCCAUGGCCGACUCCGUGCCGAGUUCUCCGUCUCCGGGUCUGCAGCGGCAGAUGUUUCACCUUAUGAGGAGUGUCUUUGAUUUGCACCGGAUGCGCUCCAAAUGG